AUGGCGAUCGUCCUCAAAUCUCUGCAGUUCGCCUCGGGCUGGCUAUUAUACCCCAUUCGCGGCCAUGAUACUCGCCAGAUCAUCUACGACCCGGCCUUUAAGGACCAUCCCAAACCCAAUAUUUCCCUCGAAGCCGUCGAAUGUGGCCCCUCUGGCUCGCCAUUGCUUCGUCACCACACCUGUCUGGCGGAAGACGGCAUCGGCUGCCUUCCUGAACUGCGCUGGACGCCUCCGGAGUGCGACGAGCCAGUCAAGGAAUACGUGUUGAUUUGUGAAGACAUCGACAUCCCAAUUCCCUGCCUCGUCGUCCAUCAUGGCCUGUUCUGGGCUAUUCCACCCUCAGUACACACGGCAACCCCGGCAGAUGUCAAGGAGCGGGAAGGCGCCGCCAAGGAACGCCAAACCGCGGCUGGCUGGCGCUUCAUCCCGAACCCGAUGGGCACGGCCUACGGCGGUGCCGGUGCUCCCUACGGACAUGGGAGCCACCGCUACGUGUAUACCAUCAUCGCCCUGGAUGCUCCCUUGGACUUUGAACACCCCAAAAAGGCCACCAAAAACGACAUCAAACACGCCAUGAUCGGUGAAGUCAUCGGCUGGGGGCAGUGGGUCGGUACGUUUGAGCGUACCUGGUCCUGGAAGAUGUUGCGUCCCCUUUGA